AGGCAAUGCUCUGCUCCUCAUCGUCGUUUUGGGCAUUGGAGGAAGCUUUCAGGCUGGUUACCAUAUCACUGGACUUAGUUCUCCUUCACCAUAUAUUCAGCGCUUCAUCAACAGCAGCUGGUAUGACCGAUACAAUGAGCCCCCAUCUCCACAGAAGGUCACCAUGAUCUGGUCCCUUAUUGUCUCCAUAUAUGCUGUUGGGGGACUCUUUGGGGCUGUCAGUGUCAAAUUCUUCUCGCAAAGACUGGGAAGAAAACGAGCAACGAUGUGCAACAGCUUGAUUUCUGUUAUUGGAGCAGUGAUAAUGCUGACAAGCAAGGAGGCUAAAUCCUUUGAAAUGAUUAUUGUGUCAAGAAUGCUAUAUGGAUACUCAGCCGGUUUAGGACUGAGCCUCCAUUUAAUGUAUCUGGGGGAGAUUUCACCCAGGAAGAUAAGAGGCCAAGUGACUUUAACUUCAUCCACUUUUUUAUCACUCGGUAAACUUUCUGGACAGUUUUUUGGAUUAAGCGAGAUACUCGGCAGUCAGGACCUUUGGAACAUUGUCCUCUGUCUCCCUGCGUGUUUUUCAGUGGUUCAGGUUUUGGCGCUGCCUUUUCUCCCGGAAGCUCCAAGAUAUUUAUUCAUAGAGAAAAGAGAUGACAAAGCAUGCAAAAGAGUCCUCCAGAAUUUGUGGGGCAAAGGUGACUAUAAACAGGAAAUGGAAGAAAUGUUGAUUGAGCACACGGCUCUUGAAGCAUCUCCACCAAAGAGCCCUCUGCAGCUGCUGAAGGACUGGACUGUCCGAUGGCAGCUAAUCACUGUGUUCAUCAUUUACAGUUGCAACCAGAUGUCAGGCAUGUCUGCGAUCAGCACCUUCUCCUUUGACAUCUUCCUGAAGGCUGGUGUUCAGAAAGACAAGAUCCGCUACAUCACUGUUGGUCUUGGAAUAACUGAAAUCCUCACCUCCAUCUCCUGUAGUCUUCUGAUUGAGCACAUUGGGAGGAGACCUUUGCUCUGGGGAGGGUAUACUGUCAUGUCUUUUAUCUGGAUCAUGGUAACAAUCAUGCUCAACCUGAAGGAUUUAAGAUGGGUUCCCUAUGUUACUGCUUCUCUAAUCUUCCUCAUCAUCGUCUCGUUUUGUGGAGGACCUGGGGCAGCUGCAGCAACACUCAGCAACGAGCUCUUCAUUCAGUCUGAUCGUGUUGCAGCUUUCGUUCUCAUGGGGCUGCAGCGUUGGUUCAUGAUCGCAGUGCUGGGCCUAAUCUUCCCAUUCAUUAUUGACGGUCUCAGCUCGUACUGCUUUAUGCUGUUUGCUGGUGUGUGCUUGAUGGGUAGCCUUUAUACUUUCUUCCUUCUGCCUGAGACCAAAGGAAAGACUCUGGUGGACAUUUCAGAGGAGUUUAAAGCCAUUACGGUCUGUGGGAAAUCCUUCUUGGAGGAAGAGAAAGUGGAGACCAAGUUGUAAGCCAGGGGAUCAUGAGAGACACUUUCAAUGACAGAAAAAAUACACCUUACACAGAGCUUUGUUCUGGGAGCAUUAAAGAAGGAUUUGAAGGAUGUAUUUAGGAAUUAAUUUGCACUACAUCCUGCUUUUCCAACUCUGGAAAGGAGAAAAAUGUUCAUCCAUUUUCUGUGUCAGAUCGUUAUAUUUUCAUGGAUUGUUGAAUGCAACUCCAUUCUUGUACAUCUGAUGCUGAUACAGAUGUGUUUAAUGGUAAUUAUUCUAAUAAAUAAUAUUCUAAUCAAUGACCUUCAGAUCAGUGCAGCUUGCUGAGCUGGUACAGCUGCAUCUGUGUCUUCAAUAUGUUUGUCACUGAAAGGUCAGGACUCUGCUGCCUCUACUUUUCUGAUAAUAAAUCAUCCACUGUUGCCUUUGGACUCUGCACAGUGUUAGCCAGACACCUGCAAGGAAUGAAAUUAAUGGGCACUGUCCCAGAAAAAACUCACUACAACAUAACAUGACUUUUUUUAUCAGUUUUUUUUCUUUUUCACAGUGAUGUGAUGAAACUCAGGGGUUAAGGGCCAAUUUGGUGGUGGUCACAUUUUCUUCCAUAUCUUCUUCUUGGCAUGUAAUGCUCAUGGUGCAAUUUCAUAUUUGUAGCAUUUUCUGCAUAUAUUUGCAUUCAACCACCUUGAGUCAAAAUGUCUCUGCCAGGUUUGCACAUGCCGGUUGUAAAUCUUUGCCCAUUUUCUCUGUGGACACGCUCAGUCAGACUGGAUGUAGAUUUUCUGCGAACAACACAUACUCUCAUGUGGAUUUAGGUCUGGACUUUGACUGGUUGAUUUUAACACAAAAAUGAUACGAUCUAAACCAUGGCAUUGUUGCAUUAGCUCUAUGUCCUGCUGGAUAACGUACAUUGUGUCUCAUUGUGGGAAUGGUGUUGUGCAGUGUUAGUUUGCUACCUCACAGAGUGUUCUAACUCUGGUUUCAUGUGAACAGAACAUUUUCUUCCACAUGUUCCCUACAUGGAUUGUGGUCAAUUUCCUAACAACAAUUACUCUCUUACUAUGUCAUGGAUUGCCGCUCCUGCACUGUAGCUCUUUGCAGCUCCUCCAGAGUUGUCAUGAGCGUCCUGACUGCUUCUCUCAGUUUCGGUACAGCUAUGUUAAACAGAAUGCACAUCACACCUUUCAGAUUUUUUUUUUUUUAUAAACUAUGAAGAAAAUGUAUUCCUGCAGUGUUUGGGGGCCUGGAUGAAUUGAAUUUCAUAUUUUAAGUCAUGUUCAUAGAGUAAGUCUAAGAAUGUCAUUUGCGUGAGUUGCUCCCUCAUUCACAGUAAACUGAAUAUGAAUUCUACAGUUGUCUUUGUCCAUUUGUCUUUUAUCUGUUGUUUCGCCAUUUUCCACAGCUACUAACUUGCAUUCAAAGGGUGUCUGAAUAUCAGUCAGCCCCUUAGGUUUACAAAAUGGCAGUGCAGUCAUUUAAAGGUAGAUGGCGCUGUUACCCUCUUGUUGAGAUCCAUCAGGGUGUCCAAACUUGCACAG